AUGGAUUUCGAAGAAUUGUUCGAGGAUGACGAUUAUAAUAUAAUUUCAAAUCCCAUUGGUCAAACAUUCUAUGAAGAUAGUCGUGAUGGUCAUACGAUCAAUGUCCAAAGUUAUCUUGAAAUAUUACCCUCAUGCGAUACUGAUAGAUACAUUAAUACAUUGUAUGAUGAUGAUGAUGGUAUGAAAUGUACUCCAUUGAUGAUAGCUUGUAAGCUAGGUUAUUAUGAAAUUGUACAACUCUUUCUUGUCUUAUGUGAACCAAAAUUAGAAAUAGAAGGUACAAUUAUAUUAAAUAAUUAUCGGACGGAAGGUGUUACAGCCUUAUGGAUAGCAUCAGGUGCCGGUCAUUUUCUGAUUGUACAAUUACUUGUUGAAUAUGGUGCCAAUGUUAAUCAUCUAACAUCCAGUACACAUUCAACACCAUUAAGAGCAGCUUGUUACAUAGGUCAUAUGGAAAUAAUUCGAUAUUUAAUUGAACGUGGUGGUGCUGAUCAACACAUGUUAAAUAUUUCCAAUAAUAGCAAUUUAUCGUUAGCCGUCUCUCGUGGUCAUACGGAAUUAGUUGAAUAUUUAUUAAAAUUACAAUGUAAUCCAAAUAUACAAACCGAACCAGAUCAGAAAACAGCAUUACAUGAGGCAUGUGAAGAUGGACAUUUGAAUUAUGUUCAGUUAUUAUUAGAAUAUAAUGCACAAAGUUUAAAAGAUGUAGACGGACAAACACCAUUAAUGAUAGCAUCGUUAAAUCAACACCCUGAUAUUGUACAUUAUUUUAUUGAGCAUAAUUAUUGUACAGAUCAAGAGUCGAUUGAUGCUCUCGAACUACUCGGUUCUUCGUAUUAUUGUCAGCAAUCAGCAAACGCUCAAGAAGGUUUUCAAUAUUUAUUAAAAGCUGUGAAAUUACGUGAAGAAUAUCAAUUAACAAGAGUACCAUGUGAUCACUUUUCAAUUGAUAAUUACAAUAAAUGUCAAACAGAAGAUGAAUUACAUCAUAUACGUCAUACGAUGGAAUUAAUGCAACUGGAAUCAUUAACAAUUUAUCGAAAACAGUUAGGUGAAAAAUCAAAAACAUUUCUGUAUGCUCUACGGUAUUGUGGUGGAAUAUGCGCCGAUGAAGAAAACUAUAAGUCAUGUUUAAAGCUGUGGUUCUAUGGACUGCAAUUAAAUAAGCUAACAAAUUUUGUAGUAUCAAGAGAUACAGAUUUGUUACGUCUUUUUGCUACUGUUCUAGUUGAAUUAGAUCGAAACCAACUUAACGAAAUUCUGUACCAAAACGAUAUGCUAAAAGACGUACUCUUAUUAGCUAUCGCCGAGUUACAAUAUAAUAGGAAAUUAAUUGCGACUAGUAAUGGUGAUCAACGGGUAGUGGAACAAGAAAAAUUUGAUUAUAAUUUAUAUACAAUGUUGUGUUUAAUAACAAUCCUAUCAAAAUUUGAAGACGAUCUAGAUAGAAAACAAUUUUAUCCAUUGAUAUAUAAAUUAAACUACUUGAAUUUUAAAAUGAAAGAUAAUACAACUCUAUUACAUUUAGCUGUUAAUAGACAGUCAGCGAUUAAUGGAUAUAGUUUAGGACAAAGUUAUAAGUAA